GUAUGUUGCAUCUGCACCUCAGGGCCGAAAGUUUUUGUUUUUGCAUUUUCUUUUUGUUUUUCUGUUUUGCACUUCAGAGCCACCGUAAUUCAGGACAGGAGAAAUUCAUUUCAUGGUAAUGGGCUUUGAGUCCACUUGCUCGACCGGGCAAGGUAGGGAAAAGAAAUUAAUGUUGAGCCCUGUUUUGAGUUAGGGGGUACUUCACCUCUGCUUCAGUCGUUAUUUUUCGAUAGCAGACCACCUCGUCGUGGAUUUUGAUAGCAGACCACCUCGUUGUGGAUUAUCCCAUAGUGACAUGGAAUCGGUCUCCUUGCAAGCAAAUAUAGCCAUCAUCCAUCCACCAUCCAAGUGACCCGGGGGCGUGGCAGAGAUCGCAAUACGCGAGACGCAGCAGCGAGAACUGCAGGCCACAGAGCUUAGCUUCACAGCGCAAUUUAAAAUAAGUUUCUGCGUUUCUGUUAUUAAACAUUGAAUAACAUAGCCCCCCUUUUUUGUCGCCGGCGAUGAGGCAGACCUCAGGGGUUUUAGUCUGAUGGGGAUUCAUUAACAGCUCCUAGAGGCUAAAAAAUCAUAUAAAUAUGAUGAGUUAACACUAAAUUAUUCAGAGUACUCUGCAAGGUGUGCAAGUUGCAUUAUCUACAUCUUUCAUGCAAGCUCACUUGAGGAUCAUUUUUUGAAUGCUUGCAUUAUGUAUAAUGAUGGGACAUUAGAUUUUCAGUGAAACUGUAAUCAUUUUUUUCAUUCAUGAAUCUCUCAGGAGUACAUCAAGAGGAGACCUGUGUCUUUCCCUGUUUAAGGACUUCAACAACAGCAGUUGAUGUGCUGCUGUAUGUGUCUGUAGCAGUGGUUGAGACACUGACAGUGUGUGGAAACCUGCUUGUGAUCAUCUCCAUCUGUCACUUCAAACAGCUUCAGACACCAACUAAUUUCUUCCUACUGUCCCUGGCCAUGGCGGACUUUCUUGUUGGAGUAAUUGUGAUGCCCCUCUACUUUACUAUGUUGAUAGCUCCACAAAGGUGCUUUACUACAGUAUACUGCACAAUAUUUCAUGUAGUAGCCUUUUACCUUACUUUUGUCUCAAUUUAUAAUGUAACUUUAAUUGCAAUAGACCGAUAUGUUGCUAUCUGCAAUCCUUUUCAGUACUCCAUGAAAAUGACUUUGAAUGUAACUUUGAGGAUAAUAUCCAUAGUGUGGUUGUCUUCAUUAAUCUACAAUAUGGUCCUUCUUUAUUUCAAUGGAAAUGUUCCAGACCUGAAGGAAAAUAUUACAUGUGUUGAGUGUGCUGUUCACUUUAAUGAAAUAUUGGCCAUUGUUGACUGUCUAAUCAUAUUUAUUGUGCCAUGCUUAACAAUUAUAAUCAUGUACCUGAAAAUUUUUUUUAUCGCUAAAAAUCAUGCAAAUAAAAUCCGGUGUGCCCAAAAGUGCACAAAAGUAAAUAAUGCUACUGUAACAUCAGAAAGAAAAGCAGCAAAAGCACUAGGGGUUCUAGUAGCAGUGUUCCUUCUCUGCUUAGUACCCUUCUACAUAUGUGCUUUCCUUGCAGCAUAUAUUAGUAACAAAGCAAUACAUAUUGCAGCUUCAAAUCUGUCAACUGUAUUUUUUCUGAAUUCUGCAUUAAAUCCUAUCAUUUAUGCUCUGUUCUAUCAAUGGUUUCAGAGAUGUGUUAAACUCAUUUUAACAUAUAGGAUAUUCCGUGCAGGAUCUUCAGAUCUGAAUGUGCUUGCAACGAAAUAAACGUAAUUUCCUGUGCAUUAGAAUGUGAUGUAAUAAAAUUGUUACUUUUUAUUUGAAUAUUCUCAUUUUUGUUUUAUGGUUUACACACCACAUGUCUGUUAUUGAACACAUGUUGAUUAAUUCUUCCACUCAACUAAGAAAAAAUCACAGAUUUUCAAAUAGCCCUGAAAGUCUAAUAUUUCUAUUAUCUUUUCCUUUUAGUUCUUUAUUUUUAUUCUUUAGUGUAUGU